AUUAAAUAUAAUCAAAAUGCAAGGAAAAUCUGUGAGAGCGUCUCAUAUUUUAUUAAAAUCAAACUAAUCUAGAAAUCCAAUGGAUAGAGUUAGAAAUAAAUAGAUUACAAGGUAUUUAAAUAAUUUUAUAAAUAAGAUCAGAUGCAGAUGCAGAGAAAGGAAUAAGAGAAAUAAGAGCCUAAGUUGAAAACAAUUUAAAUUUAUUUGCUAAAAUAGCUUAAGAUAGAAGUGAAGUAUUUUUUAAAUAUUAUAAAAAUAGUGUUCUUCAUGUUAAAAAGGCGGGGAUUUAGGUGAAUUUACAAGAGGAUAAAUGCAAAAGUAGUUUGAAGAUGUAGCAUUUGCAUUAAAGGUUGGAGAAUUAAGCUAACCAGUUAAAAGUGAUUCAGGAUGGCAUAUAAUUCUUAGAACAGGUUGAUGACAAUUAUUAUUACAACGAUAU